AUGGCGUCGUCUUACAGGACCCCGUCUUUAUCUGCUUCGUCUUAUUUUCCUGAUUAUACCAGCACCGUUGGAACCGUGGUGGAGAGACCAAGCCUCCAUGAUCGUAUGAAAGAUGUCCGAGAAUUCUUUUACCAUGUCGAUAAUAAUGGUAGAAGCCGUAUUUUUGGAAAAAGGGCAGACGAUUUUUUUCUUUCGUUUAUCUUCCAUGUAGUUAUAAUCCUUGUUUGUUUAGCAUUACUAACUGCUAAAAUGGCUAUAUUUUAUGUAGUAUUGGACUGGAAUUAUCCGACUUAUAAUGGUACAGAGAGUAUUCUACAAACACCAGGUCUUACAUUCCGUCCCCAACCUAACUCUAUGUCUACUGUUAUAAGAUUUGUAAAAGGUGACACUACAACCUAUGCCCAUUAUUUAGAUCAUAUGGAGGCAUAUCUUAGAUAUUAUGAAAAUGAAAAGCAGCAAGGAGAAAACUAUAUGGAUUGUAGUGAAAUCAGAGAGAGACGUCGCGAAAAUUUAAAUAAAGUUUGUCGAUUUAACGUAGAAUGGUUAGGAGCAGAUUGUGUUAAACAGCAAAAUUUUGGUUUUGAUGAUGGUCAGCCUUGUGUUUUGUUAAAAUUGAAUAAGAUCUAUGGUUGGGAACCAGAAGAAUAUCCUGAUGACCUUACAAUACCUGAUUCUAUCAGAGAUCACUGGAAUACCUGGUCUAUUACUGUAACCUGUGAAGGAGAGAAUGCUGCAGAUAAAGAGAAUAUUGGAACGCUGUAUUAUUUCCCUCCCAAUGGAUUCCAUUUUAAGUAUUACCCAUAUUUAAAUCAGCAGGGUU